AUGAACUGUAUGUCAUAAUCGGCCAGUUUAAAUGUCAUUCGAAAUAGAAGAAGAAGAGAAAAUCACCGAUAACCUUAAAGAGAAUACUGCAGACUGAAAAUAAGUUAUUGCAGACCAAGAAUAAUGUCCAAUAUUUUAAAGAUUGUGUUGGGACGUUCAACCACCAUCCCGCGUCACUUUUCGACAACAUCUAUUCGAACAAACACUGCAUCAACAACACCCGACGGGGACGAACCAAUUCAUAUAGAAAAUCCAUUUCAAAAGGAAAAGCGACAGUGCAUCUUAUGCCGGCUGAAUAUUCAUCCCGAUUAUAAGAAUGUGCGGCUGUUGUCGCAAUUCCAGAGUCCGUACACGGGUCGGAUUUACGGUCGACACAUAACCGGAUUGUGCAAAGCCAAGCAAGAGGAGGUCGAGCUGCAGAUUAUAAAAAGUCAAUCGUCCGGACACAUGCCAACGUAUCACAAAUUAAUGGACUUUGUCAACGAUCCCAAAUUAUUUGAUCCGAAUCGUCCGAUACGGCCGCAUAAAUAUUAAUGGAUGAGACAAGUGUAACAUUUGUGACUAAUUUUCAAAUAAUAACAAAAUGCUGAUGUAAGUAGUACA